GAUUACCGUGCAUUUGCCAAGGUCGUUUGGUUGUGGCGUUUCGAGUAUAUCCAAUGGAUAUGCUUUAACGUCUUACGGGGGUUGUCUAGCUGCUCAGUAAAUGAACUCCUCCAGUGAUGGAUUUUGAUGAAUUUCGCUGAUCGAGUAUGAAUACCCAAGCGGAUCUUUGCGCCGACUGUAGUACAUCGUCCCCAAAAUGGGCGUCUGUCAAUAGAGGUGUACUCUUAUGUGAUGAAUGUAGUUCCAUUCACCGACAGCUAGGAAGACAUAUAAGCCAGGUUAAACAUCUUGAGAAGUCACGCUGGAGGCCGUCACAACUUUCUAUGGUACGCUAUUUGGCGUCUGCUGGUGCAAAUGGGUAUUGGGAACAUGUACUGUACGAACCUAUGCUUGCUGGAUUAAAUUCAGAUAAUCGAUCCAGCAAAGCCUUUCAUCCUCAUAAAAAACCUUUACCUACUGACCCAGUGCAUCCAACCAAAGCUGAUUUUAUACGUGAGAAGUAUUUGUUUUUGGGAUUUUUUAAGAAACCACGAAACGUUAACCAUGAUGAUUUAAACCAGCAACUCCAUGCUAGUGUAAGGACAGGAGUUUUAGAGACUAGUCUGUAUUUACUUGCUUUGGGUGCAAAUCCAAAUUUUCUUCAUCCAAUCAAAGGCACAGCUCCUAUUCAUGUUGCAUGUCAAUAUGGUCAAAUUGGUCAGGUAGAAUUGCUGUUAGCUUAUGGGGCAGAUGUUUGUAUUCGUGAUUCAUCUGGAAAAACUGUAAUUGAUUUAGCAUUAGACAAAGCAUUAGCAUUAAAUGAAUCGAUUAUUUCUAAAGAAAAGAUGGCAACAAUGUCAAAUGAAGAGAGGUUACAAUCUGCUUGGUCUUCUAUGGUUGAUGUAUUAGUUUCAGCGUAUUAUGAUUUGACAGAUAGUUUAGCUUAUUUUCUUACACGCCAUGUACCUGAUCAUAAAGCAGCUGUUUUUGGUGGAAUCAAUAAAAAUACAAAUCAUAGUAAUGAACUAUCAGUGAAUAAUAAUAACGGUGAAAUAAUAACAAAUGGUCAUUUCUUAAUUUCAACUUCAUUAAUACAUGAAUCGAAUGGUAUAUCAUUGGCACCGAAAUCAACGAAUUUAAAAUUGACUAAUUCCUCUGGACAUACUAUUACUUCUACUGCUACCUCAAAUGUUGAACAAGCAGAUGACCAAGAAGAUUGGAUCAUUAAAGCUAGAGGAAGAUUAAAUAACCUAUCUAAUAAUGCAUUUAUUGAUUUAUGUAUUGAUGUAUAUGAUGAAGCAGAUCGUCGUUUAACAAAUUCAUUUCUUGAAAAUCUGGAUACAUUUAAUAAUCAGAAAUAUUUAAAUAACUAUUCAGUAUUCAAUGGUUCUAAUGUUAGCAAGACUGAUGCAGACGACAACAACGACAACAAUAACAACAACGCCAGCACAAAGAAUGAACUACAUAAUAGUGUAGUUAAAGAGGCCAAACCUGACUCUAGACCAUCUUUACAUAAGACAACAACACUACGUCAAACAUCUGCAAUUACUAAUUUAACGCUAUUUUUUCUACCUCCAAAUACAACUUAUUCAUCAGUACGUAAUCAAGCACGUCAAAAAUUAGGUCGACUAUCUACCAUUGAAUUUCAUACUUUAACAUUAGAUGUUCUCACUGAAGCAUCGAUACGUUUAUUGCCAUUAUUUUUACCAUUGACCAAUGUAAUAAAUCCGACUAGUACAGCUGUUACUGCUCCAGCUACAACGACUGUUGAAAUGUCUUUCAAAAAAUCACGAAAAACACACCAUUCAUAUACAGACUAUUUUAAUACAGAUAAACGACAACAAUUGAAUGAAUUUAUUGUUGCGCGUCGUAAUGGUCCUUUACCAUCGUUACCAUCACCUAAGACAAAAGAUAAUCAUAUAGAUGAUGUUGGACGUUUACAUAGUACUAAUAAUAGUGAUGGUAGUAGUAGUCCAUGUGAUAAUUUAAAUAAACAAUUGAAUAAUGAAUGUAAUGAUAUUUUAAAAGAAACAUUGAUUUCAGAGAAUUUACCAAAUCAUGAAAAUUUACGAUUAGAAAUGUCAUCCUCAUCAUCACCACCGGUGAAUGCAAAAAGUGAAAUUUUAUUGGAGAAAUUCGUUCGUUCUCGUGAUGACCCUGUAUAUGAUCAGGUGGCUGGUGAAGGUGAUUUAAAUGAGAAUGCGUUGUCCAAUAUACAAACAGUUACAUCUAAUCAUAAUAUACUUUCUGUGGAUAUUGAAGAAAGCAGUUUAAAUAAUCAACAAAAUAUAACAGAAAAUUCAUCAUUUAAGCAUAGUAAUGCUUCAUUAACAGCUCCAUUAUCACCAUCCACUGGAAGAGUAGAGUCUAGUCAUCAUACCCAACAAAUAAGUGGUGGCAAUGAUGAAUUAAAUUCAAUAGGACCAAUACCUCCAAUUACAAGUCGUCCAGGUCCAUUGCCUGGAUCACGUAGGCUACAUUUAUCACAUACUGGUCGUAUAGCUCAGCAUAGAGCUAGUGUACCAACGGCUGGUACUAUCACUACUAAUUCCGAUGUUACUGGUUGUGGUAGUAAUCCUCUCUCUCUAUCCGAGUCAACAAGUAGUAUCGUAAAAUCAUCUGAUUCACCAAAAAAUCUCACAGAACAUUCGUUAAUUAAUUCUCUGAGUGCUGAAAAUUCUAACGAUAUUCAAGAUCGUUUACUUCAGUCUCAUGCACAUCAUCAUCGUCAUCCAGAAUCUUGUUGUGUAGCUGCUCGUAAUGAAGUGGAACGUUUACACAAAGAGAAUAUUGAAUUAAAAGUACAAUUGUCUGAUUUACAAAAUAGUAAAGAUAUUGUAGAACAACGUUUAGAAGAUUUGGAAGGACGUAUAAUUCAACUAGAUUCUAUUGUUCAAGUUUUAAAAGAGGAGAAACUAUCACCAUGGAGUAUAUUUUGUGAGAUUUCAUUGAAACUAUUGAUAUAUUUAUUUGGUUUAUUCAUAACGAUGGUUUCUGCCUUAUUAGCGGCUUUUUCAGCUGGUAUGGUUAUGGUUCAUAAUCCAUUAAAAAUCAGCUGUGAUUCAGAUGGUCAACAACUGACCAGCGAAACACCAAUCACAACAACGACAACAACAUCAGUUGGAGUGUAUUCAUCUAAUUUGAAAGCUAGCAAAGUUAGUGAAACACCUUCAACACAUUAUCACUGGGACUAUGAAAAAGACGAAGAAGAUGGAAGUAGAGUGUAUGGUGAAGAAAUAACGGAUAAUGGUGAAGAACAUGAUGAUGAUGAAGUUGGUGAAGUGGAUGCUGAACGAUAUAAAGAUGAUGACUCUGAAUAUGAUAUGGAACGAGUUAUUGUCGCUGGUGGCAGUAACGAUAAAUCUAGUAAUGAAGGUAAUUACGCAAUAGGUUCACAUUGUCUAGAUUCUGGUGUACUACUUAGACAAGGUAUUAUUCUACGUGGAAGCAGAGGUGGAUCACCAGCAUCUGUAACUGGUGGUGGUGGUGUAACGCAUCAAACAGGUUUCGGUCAUUCUCAUCCUUCUAUAUCUCAAACGAAUUUUAUAACGCCAUCAUUUCGUGGUCUUGUAAAAAGUAAUAAAUUACACAGUAGAAAUAAUGAAGAACUAAAGCAAUCAUUUGUGUUCACUUCAACUAGUCAAAAUGUUGUCUCAUCUGCACCCCAAAAUAUUCCAACUUAUGUUAAUACUCCACAUCUUAUUCAGCAUCCUUUGUCCAACUCAAAACCCACCUUAGUAUCGGGUACUUCAAUCACACUUGCUGAUGCUUUAAAUCCUGAUAUACCAGAUGAUUAUACUGCACCUAAUGCUACUGGUUCCCCUUCUCCAGCACCAAUACCGAUCAGUCAAAAUCUAGCGAAUCAGUUGUGUAGUCGUGUUACAACAACCAGUCCAAAUAUGAAUAUUUCUAGUAGUCAUCAUCAUCGUCAUCAUCAUCACCAUCAGGGAAAAUCAUCACGUCUACUGAAUUCACAUUUGAACAAGCCAACAAUGAUUGAUAGUAAAAAGCCGUUACAUCAUUCAGAAGUUUUAGUAUCUAUAAGUAAGUCGUCUCCAGACUACGAUAACGCUUCUCGUUCAUCCUCAUUAAUACACUCAUCCAAUGAAUCGUUUCAUCAAAUCGAUAAACAUUCUAGAUCAGGUGGUGGUAGUGUUGUCGUUGGGGUUAAUGGAGAUCAAGUUUGGAAAGCUCCAAGUUCAGAACGAGUUGUCCGAUGCGUUGAAACAAUUAUUAUGCGUAUUCGAAGUUUGGUAGAGAUUGCUAAUGGUGAUCGUCAUGGUAACAAUAGUGCUCAUUGUUCUCGUUUAAUUCAGUUAGCUGUCAAAGAUUUAUUAAAUUUAUUCCCUUCUGAUGAAUCUCAUCCAGUGGAAGUGAAAAAUGCAUUAAAUAAUCUUGCCACAGAAUCAGAAAAUUUACGAAAAGAUUGUGAACAAAUCACCGCUUCGUCUUCCUUCACAUCACCUUCUUCUUCUUCCGGUAUUGUUGGAUCUGUCAGUCAUAGUGGUCGAUCAGUUCCACCAGAGAUCACUAUUCUAAUACGUCAUGCUCAUCAGAUUGCUAGAGCUGCAAAAGAUUUACUAUCGCUUUUUCAACGAUCUGAUCAAUGAAUUUUCAUUAUGUUAGAAUGAGACUAUUAGUGUUCAUUUUACAUAAUAGCAAUGGUAAUCAUAAUAAUAAUUAACUGUUAUUAUCACUACGGUUAUGCAAUUCCUAAUUGAGUUUAUUUUCUUUAUGAUGAUCACAAUGUCAAAAAAGAGAAACAAAAAGAAAUGAAACGGAGAAAACAAUUUUCGAAUUUGUAUUCGCGCCAGUCUUGUGACUAAAAGUUUCAGCAAUUCUGAUUGUUUAUUAUGAUCUAGUCAUUUAUCCCUUUUGUAUUAUCGUAAUGUCAUUGCUAUAAAUUAACAACAACCAAACUUUUAUGACUUAUUUACUGUUACCAUUGUCUUUUUCUUUGUUUUUUUCUUUUUCGUUCAUAUUGUACUUUGUUUAUUUCAAUCAUUUCAUGUUUAUUUGGUUUUUUUAAUAGGGUGCAAUCCAUUUUAUUUUGUCUUAUUUAUUUUUAAAUGAACUUUGUGCAUAAUUUUUUUUCUUUGUGAACACUGUGUUCUUUUUAUCAAUGAAUGUUUGACCAGUGUGUGUGUGUGACAGAUAUAACUAUGUGCUUCUUCUUGUUCAUUUUUAUGGAUUAGGGAUAAAAGUUGUUCUUUUGGGUGGGUGGGUGGUGGGUAAUCAUAAUGAUGAAAAAAAUUGUCCUACUCAAAUACGUUGACAUUAUUUUUCUUUAUCCUCAUUAUUUGUGUAGAUAUAUUAAAGAAAUAUGUGUUAAGGUGUGUUUUGUAUUUAUCUCUGUCAUACUGUAUUACUUUGAACUGUGACAACUCUGUUGAAUAUAUAUAAACAUAUAUUGAUA